CUUAAAUUUUAGUGUUGCAUGAGUUGUAAAUUUUUGAUGGGCAAUGCUACGUUCACAAACAGAAUAAUCACAAACUUCACAAAUUUACUAUUUAUGGUUUAAAUUCUCAUUUUAAAAUUAUUUUAGACUAUUUAAUUUCAUUUAUUAAAGUUCACAAAUAGUAAGUUUGUGAAGUUUGUAAAGUUUGAAUUUGUGAACCAACCAUUUUCGAAUGUAGCCACCCUCUUAUCUCUCAUUUGGUUUUGACCCCUGAAAUUAAUAUGGCCUCCCACCUGAAAAACAACCUCGUCCUCGUCGUCUUCAUUCUCGCCCCUAUUUCCGCCGCCACCUUUAUUACCAGCGGCGGAGCUCAAGAAAAUGGCGGCGGAGCUUUCACAAUCGAGCUCGUACACAGAGACUCGCCGGCCUCUCCCCUCUACGACACUCUUCUUUCCCAACGGCAGCGCAUGAAAUCCGCUUUUCGCCACUCUCUGGGCCGACUCGUCCGGACCGGCGGCGGCGACUCCCCUGCUUCCGUCAGGGUUCUUCCCGACCCUAAGGGCACGUACCUCGUCAGAUUCUCCGUCGGGGCCGCCCCUUCCGCCACCGUCAGGCUGGCUGUGGCCGACACCGGCAGCGACCUCAUCUGGCUGCAGUGCCGGCCACCUUGCCGUGGCGUUCACUGUUCCGGCCAGAAUGACUCUCUUGUUUUUAGCCCGGGUGCUUCCCGGACCUACAAACCGGUUCACUGCCGCUCCAAGGAGUGCACCGGUCUGCCCGGAAGCCGGUGCGGCCGGGCUCAUAAAACAUGUCUCUACUAUGCAAGGUACAAUGAUGGGACAUAUAGUCACGGGGAAAUUGCAAAAGACACAUUCACUUUGGACCUAUCACCACCGGCGGAAAGGGUUGACUUUCCCACCGGAGAUCUCCGGACGGCGGCGGCGAUGUCAUUUUCAGAAAAACGACACAACGUGUCGUUCCCCGACAUAAUUUUCGGGUGUGGAGAAAGCAACCACUUCGGGAAUAACGACACCGAGGUGUCGGGGAUAGUGGGACUCGGGUCCUCUCCCUACUCGCUCGUCAACCAAAUCGGGGGUCUCAGGUUUUCGUAUUGUUUGGUUCCCUUGUCGCAUCUAAACGUGUCGAGUAAGUUGCAAUUCGGCAGCCUGCGGCCCGCGUUAGCGCUUCAGGGCCUCCCGGGGGUGGUUUCCACCCCGCUGGUCCUCAAGCCCCAGGCGACAUUUUACUAUCUGACUCUACUGGGAAUUUCUGUUGAGAACCAGACACUAGUAGAGUCAGCAACAACGAGCCAAGGCAACAUCUACAUCGAUUCCGGGACCACGUUCACCUUCCUUCCCACGAACAUGUACGCGGGGCUUGAGGAGAUGGUCAAGAAAUCAAUACGGUUAGAGCCUAUGAAGCCGAACCCGAGGAGAUUCCUCGGGUUGUGUUACGAAGAUCUUGCACCCGAGCACGUCCCGACGAUGAGGGCGAGGUUCGAGGGCGGGGAAGUGAGGUUGAACCCGGCGAACACGUUUGUGAACAUUGGGGAUGGGGUUGGGUGUUUGGCUUUUGCCCCAACAAAGGGUGUCCCAGUUUUUGGGAAUGUGGCGCACACAAAUUUCUUGGUGGAAUAUGAUUUGGAGAAGAUGGUUGUGUCCUUCAUGCCUACUGAUUGUGUCAAUUGGAAGUACUAAUUGUUUCUUCAUUCUUUUUCUUUUCAAUAUAUAGACUAUUAUAACUUCUUUAAUACAUUAAAAAAAUAGAUGGAUAUAGAUAUAAAGUAAUACCUCCUCGUCGAGAAUAUUUUUCUAUUUUUGACUUUUUUAGUUAACCAUUUUUAACUUUUGAUCUAUAAUUAAAUAAAAUAUAUAUUGUAUAUAUCAAUUUGAUAAAAUAUUAUUUUGAAAAUAUUUUAUAUAAUAAAUCUAAUAAAAUUAU